GAGAGAAGUCUCCAUUUAUAAAAACAUCGUGUACACAUUAUGUCUCUUCUAGUUCUAGGUUUCACUCCCAUUAACAGCAACCAUGGUGCAGAGGCUCACUUAUCGCAAGCGGCAUAGUUAUGCUACCAAAUCCAACCAGCACCGGGUUGUUAAGACCCCUGGAGGGAAGUUGGUGUACCAGACCACUAAGAAGAGAGCAAGUGGACCUAAGUGCCCUGUCACUGGCAAGAGGAUCCAAGGGAUUCCACACUUGAGACCUGCUGAAUACAAGAGGUCUAGAUUGCCUCGGAACCGCAGGACCGUGAACCGAGCCUACGGAGGUGUUUUAUCAGGAGGAGCUGUUAGAGAAAGGAUUAUUCGUGCUUUCCUGGUUGAAGAGCAAAAAAUUGUGAAAAAGGUAUUGAAGAUCCAGAAGGCAAAAGAAAAGCAGGCAUCAAAGAGUUAAGCUGUUGAGUGAUUCAUGAGUGCAAAAAAUAUCUUAUCGUUAAAAUUUGUGCUAAAGAAUUUUGAUUUUGAAUGGUGUUAACUAUGAAUGUGAAACUUAAUUUGAAAUUUAUUUUAUGAUUUCUGUGCUUUUUGGUA